AUGAGCAAGUUGGCAAGAGUCGAGUGUUUCUUGUCGCGUAUUACGGAUCCAUACACCAAUCUGGCCCUAGAAGAUUGGUUGUUUCAACAAAAGACAGCUUCAAGCUACGUUUUAUUCUUGUACAGGAAUUCUCCAAGUGUCAUCAUUGGAAGGAAUCAAAAUCCAUGGCGAGAAUGCAAUCUACGGUUGAUCAAAGACCAUCAUGUGCCGCUAGUACGAAGGAGAAGUGGUGGAGGAACUGUAUAUCAUGACUUGGGAAACACCAACUACUCGUUAAUGAUGCCUCGUCAAGACUUUUCACGCAGUCGUGGUGUCCAACUAAUAUGUCGAGCACUCCACCAACUCGACAUCCCAGCCUCUGAAAACACUCGACACGAUAUAACGAUAUCAGAUCGAAAAGUAUCUGGAUCUGCAUUCAAAAUCGUUAACGAUCGAGCAUACCAUCACGGCACUAUGCUUAUACACUCCAAUCUAAGCCAUUUGAAACAGUAUCUUGCUAAAGAUGCCAAGUCUGGAUUGGCUGGUAGUAGUAUUCAGGGGAGAGGGGUUGAGAGUAUCGCGUCUCCUGUUACAAGACUGGCGAAUCACUCAUUGACGAUUACGCAUUUGGGGUUUGUGGAGGCUGUGGUUGAUGAGUUUGUAAAGAGUUUCGGGGGUAGAGAUGUCACCUGGAGUGGACUUGACUAUGAACGUGCUGCUACUACGGCGAAGGGUGAUGUAGAGCUUAAAGUGCUAGAUGAUGAAUUUAUAGAGGAGCAUGAGGAGGUGGCUGAAGGUGCGGAGUCUCUUAAGACAUGGGACUGGACAUUUGGGCAAACGCCUCUAUUCACACAUACUCUAUCACCUCUCUCAACUGCAAAGGGAAUCGUACAAGCUACCUUCACUGUAGAUAACGGCAUCAUUGUUGAUUCAGCGGUGACUGGUCUCAACGCUGAAAUCUUCAAGGGACAACGAUACGAUGCAUCAUCGCUAGAGACAUGGACUGAUACAUUGGAUGAUGAUAUCAUGAAUUGGUUUAAACGUGAGAUUACAUAG